AUGUACGAAGUAACACCGUAUCGGAAUCGCCGCCACAAAGGUGUGCCUCCACUCCAUGACAUUCACCGGCUAUACAACGCCCCCAGCUUUGCCGGCGUGGGCGGCAUGGACGGGUUCCCGGCGUGGAAUAUCAGCUGGACUACUCCGAACUUCGAUAUGCCGAAUAAUGUCGAGCAGGCUACGCGCCGACAUGUCGAGGCGCAGAAGGAACACGACAAGGCGAAGGAAAAGUAUGAGGAGGCCAAGAAGAAACUCGAAGAGUGUGAGAAGAAGGUCAAGGAGGCGGAUAAGGCGCUUUCGUUUGCUAAGCACCAGGCUUCGUGGUAA